AUGGUACGCAUCUUCCAUCUCCCGUCCAUACUGAUACUUGUGGUGCUGACCAUUGAAGUUAUAUCGAUUGUAGUGUAUCCCAGUGAACUACGUCGUCUAGUGACGCUUUCUCGCCAUGGCAGUCGAGCGCCGAAUGAUGUUGUAAAGAUCACAUGUCCACGUAAUAAGGCCAACUUGGACGCCUACAAGGUGCCGCUCACGCAGCUUACGGAAAUUGGUAUGAAGCAGAUGCAGAUCAUGGGCGAGCACAUCCGCCAUACGUACAUGGUAGACGAGCUCGUGCACGAGGAGGACUUCCUGUCACGCUCGCUCAAUGGUGUAAACCACUCGCACUUCGAGACAUACUUUCGGGCGGACGCCGCGACGCGCUGCUCACAGAGCGCGGCAGCAAUGGGGUACGGUCUUUAUCCGGACGGAACCGGCCCGCAAGGCUUCCCUCACCAGCCUGUACCAAUCACUAUGCAGUUGCUGGAAAACGAGCAUGCCUUUGCAGCUCCUAAAGGACCCUGCAAAAGUACGUUGGACGCUGAUCUUGCUGUAUACGCUACCACUCGAGCACCUGAGCUUUUUGAUCAGUAUCGUGACGUUCUCGAGCAAUUGAGUAAAGCCUGCGGUGUUGCCGUGGAAGAUAUCCCAAACUUGCCGGGUGGUGAAGAUAUCGUAUUGGGCGUGAAAGACUUGGCAGAUAUGUUUGCCUUCGAUCGAGACGAGGGUCUUUUGAUUACUGAGGGAAUGACUGUAGAUGCGCGCGAAAAGCUAGAGCAGUUGGCAUUCACAAACCUCAUGGAGAGAUACUACUCGACAGAUCGCAAGAUUACGUACUGGGUGGGUGGCUUUGGUGAUUUGCUCAUAAGCACACUUCAGGGUGGAGCUGUGCCGACGGCACCAUCUCACACAGAGUACCGCUACUUUUCCUUUCAUGGCCACCGAGAGUUGCUGCAUGGUCUAGGCAUGAUGCUGGGCUGGGAGUUCCAUUUCGACGGACUCCCAAAAGCUCUUAAUGUGACAGCUCUGCACCCAGGUACCUCCAUGCUGUUUGAGCUCCGCGCGCGUCAACUUACUGCUGAAGAAGCCCGAAAACAGCCGGAAGCGAAGGAGGCUUAUUUUGUGCGAACGUACAUGUGGUCGCCGUUUACUGAGCGUGAGCGGAUUAAGCUAACGAAGUGCUCGGUUGCAGAUUGCCCGUUGGAAGAGUUCAAUCAAAUCAUCACCAAUCAUAUUGCCAUGACCGGCACCUGGGAUACUAUCUGCAACUAUCAAAAGCCGAUUUGGGACAAAGGCCAUGCUCAGGAGCCCGCUGAGGACAAAAGACAUGGGCUUGCAAGUUUUUCCUUCUUGCCCGUGGUCAGUAUUAUCCUGGUGGUGGGUCUGGCGUUUACGGCUUUCAAGGUCUAUACUGCUCGCCGUCGUGGGUAUACCACCAUGCUGUAA